AUGUCCCUCAUAACCCCAGAUUCCUUCCUGCGCCUCCCCGCAAACACCAAUGGCGACAAGGCGCCGAUAACCAUAUUCUUCAUAACCGGCAACCCAGGCCUGAUCGGCUACUACCAUACUUUUCUCUCUUUGCUAUCUGACAUAUUGAUAUCGGAUAGUGGGACUUCGUUCCAGAUUCAUGGGCACAGCCUUGCGGGAUUUGAAUUGGGUUCUGAUGCUGAGAGGAAUCAGAAGCGGGGAGAGAAAGAAGCACACUAUUAUAACCUUGAACAACAGAUCUCCUAUGUCCAGGAGAAAUUAGACGGUUUCGUCACUAACAACUAUAAGAAGAAUACACAAGAUAACGGAGGAGAGGUGCCCAAGGUGAUACUCAUCGGCCACUCUGUUGGUACUUAUAUCGCCAUGGAAGUCCUACGACGAUACCGCGAAAGACAGCGCCAGCAUACAACUACAGCUACAGCCACAACUACCCCAGAUAACACCAAAGGUGUAAAAUUUGAUAUUAUUGGUGGUGUGAUGCUCUUUCCUACCGUCGUUGAUAUCGCGAAGUCGCCUGCUGGACAGCGAUUAAGCAAGCUACUGAAUGUCAUCCCCGGUCUCGCUAUUAUAGCGAGUGUGCUUGCUAGGAUGCUGUCGAGUUUACUACCUGGUGGUGUUCUGCGAUUGAUUAUCGCCGCGUUUAUGGGAUUAUCGUCUUCGCUGGAGUCGCCGGAUAGAGUUGUUGUUGAUACGACGUGUGGGUUUUUGGGGAGUAGACAGGGUGUUAGGCAGGCUUUGCAUCUCGGCGCCGACGAAAUGCAAACAAUCACAUCCGACAAAUGGUCCGAUGAUAUAUGGGGUAUGUCGGAUGUUGAGGAACCGCUUGCGAAGUUGUUUUUCUAUUUUGGGAGGAAUGAUCAUUGGGUUGCGGAGAGGACGAGGGAUGAGAUUAUUGCUGUGCGGGGGAAGAAUGGGGAUGGGGAUGGGAAUGGGCCUACGAUGGUGGUUUGUGAGGAUGGGUUGCCGCAUGCUUUUUGUUUGAGUCAUAACGAGAUUAUGGCGAGGAAGACGGGGGAUAUGAUUCGGGCGAUUGUGGAGGGUCAAGUGCGGUAA